UCUGCACAGAAAAGAUCGAGAACAAGAAGAAGCAAUCAAAACAUUAGCAGCAAGUAAACGAAGAUUAAUUCUCUGAAAAAAGAAGUAAAAGAUGGCAACGAUUCCAAGCUUCUUUUACAAUCGACGAGCCAACAGCAUUUUCGACCCAGUCUCUGUAUUCGACGUUUGGGAUCCACUCAAAGACUUCACUUUCACUUCCCCUAAUUCACUCAUCUCUCGUGAAAACUCAGCCUUUGUCAACACCCGCAUUGAUUGGAAAGAGACCCUAGAAGCCCAUGUAUUCGAGGCAGAUCUUCCGGGGCUUAAAAAAGAGGAAGUGAAGGUCGAAAUCGAAGAUGACAGGGUGCUUCAGAUUAGCGGAGAGAGGAAUGUGGAGAAGGAAGACAAGAAUGAUACAUGGCAUCGUGUGGAGCGUAGCUGUGGCAAGUUCUUGAGGAGGUUCAGGCUGCCUGAGAAUGCGAAAAUGGAUCAGGUCAAGGCUUCUAUGGAGAACGGGGUUCUUACUGUCACUGUGCCUAAAGAGGAAGUCAAGAAACCUGACGUCAAGGCGAUUGAAAUCUCUAGUUAACUGACUUAGAGAAUGCCUGUUAAAUAUUCUGUGUCUGUAAGAAUUGUUCUUUUGUGUUUUUACAAGUGGUUGGAAGUUCUCUGUUACUGUUUGUGUGCUUAAAGGAUUCAAUCUAUUAUGAAGGUAACAUAACAUUUUGCUAA